AUGUACGCAAACGGGUAUCGCCCGAUAUACGGCGAUAUACGGCGGCGCAGUCCUCUGUUUCCUCUUUCUAUGUGGAAUUGUUUCACUAAUGUAACUGCAGAUCUCCCUCGAACUAAUAAUGGGGUUGAAGGAUGGCACAAUACUUUAUACUCACUCCUGCAUGCUGCACAUCCUUCUAUUUGGAAAGUAAUUAAUGCAUUCCAAAAAGACGAAAAUCUGACAAGAGUGAAGAUAGAAGGUUUUAUUCAGGGGAAGGAAAAUGUGUCUCAGAAGAAACGUUAUAAACUCUCAAAUGCAAGAAUAGAGACUAUUUGUUCUAAAUUUCAAGAGACGCCAACUCUCGACUACCUACGUGGUAUUGCUCAUAAUUUGCAAAUUAAUGUUUAA